AUGCCUCAUAAAUAUAACAAGCAUAUUGUUGGAAAACGUGUAUACAACACUUGUUCUAAUACCAUUCUUUUGAAAAGGUGUAUGGGUGCAGUUAAUGAAGGUAUGUUUAUUCGUCAAGCCUCAAAAAGGUUUAGUAUACCAAGAAGCACUAUACAUAAUAAAAUGAAGUCAAAGCAUAAAAAAUGCAUUGGUGCACCAAACAUAUUUACUUAUGACGAGGAGCAGUUAUUUUUAUCUAGAAUCAAGGUUAUGUGUGAUUGGGGAUUUCCAUUAAAUAAAUUUGAUGUUAAAAUGUCAUCAAGCGAAAAAGCACUGGCACCUAUAGUAGCUUCAACUUCAAACCAAAAUGAAGUUGAAAUUGAAAUCGAAAGCGGUGGAGAAAUAGAAUAUGCGGAUAGUGUUAGUGUUAAUGAAUAUAGAAAUUCUGGAAAUGAUGAUACUGCUAAAGAACCAGAAAAUGUUGAUGAAGUGGAAUUUAUCUCCAAUUUAAGUGAAGUUGUUGUACAGAACGUCGAUGAUAUAGGACAAAAUGAAAACAAUGAAGAUCAAAGUGGUGAAGACCCCAAAACCAAUAAAGAUUUGCCUCUUAAUUUUAAUGAUCCGGCAAAAUGGCCUAUAAUAGAUGGUAAAUUUAAAGCAUUGCUGAUGAAGUAUGGUCCAAUUCAAAAAUUGCCGUCUUUAUUUCCCGAAGAUGAACAAGGUAGAAAAUUUUCAAGCUUUCAUUUUUAUCGCCGAAUGUCUAAUGGCGAUAAAAUUAAACGCACUUGGUUGGUGUACUCCAUUACGAAAGACACUUGGCCACACUACUGCAUAUCUAAAUUGGAGAGAUCUGGAGGACUUAAAUCAGGGGCUACGAUUGAUCACAUUAAUCAGAAAAUAAUUCAAUCUGAAACUCAACAUUGGCGACAAGUUCUUGCAAGAAUAAUAACGUUAAUUAGAACUCUUGCUGGACAAAAUCUAGCAUUAAGAGGAACAUGUGAAAAGCUUUUCGAACCGAAUAACGGAAAUUUUCUUAAAUAUAUUGAAUUCUUAGGAAAUUAUGAUCCUAUUAUGAGUAAACAUAUUCAACGAAUAACAACAAGUGAAAUUCACACCACCUAUCUCGGAAAAACUAUUCAAAAUGAAAUCGUUGAAUUGCUUGCUAAUAAAAUCAAAAAUGACAUCUUAGCAAAACUAGAGCGAGCAAAGUACUACUCACUUAUUUUAGACUGUACCCCCGAUAUAAGCCACAUGGAGCAGAUGACAGUUGUUUUUAGGUUUGUCAGUGCAACUGAAUUAUCUUCGGAAAAACCAGCUGAAGUCGUAGUUUCUGAACACUUCGUAACUUUUCUUGAAUUACAAGACACAACGGGAGCAAAUAUGACAAAAGUUGUUAUCGAUAAGUUGCAGGAAUUAGGCGGAAAUCUUGAUGACAUGAGGGAACAAGGGUACGAUAAUGGAGCCAACAUGCGCGGAAAAUAUAAUGGUGUGCAAGCCAGAAUUCGUCAACUAAAUCCUCGAGCUUUUUUCGUUCCUUGUAGUGCCCACUCGCUCAACUUGGUAUUGAACGAUGCAGCUAAUUGUUGUAUGGAGGCUGUCGCAUUCUUUGAUUUAAUUCAAGGCAUUUAUAACUUUUUCUCAGCAUCAACUCACCGUUGGAGUAUAUUAUUAAACCACCUAAGCGAUCUGACUAUAAAACCGUUAAGUGCCACUCGUUGGGAAAGCAGGGUCGGUGCCGUACGGGCACUUCGAUUUCAGAUUAGUGGAGUUUACGAUGCACUAAUUGAAAUCGCAGAAGACAAUACAUUAACUACUGCACCACAAGUCAAGAGUCGCGCAGAGGCUAAGGGAAUAGUCAGAAAUAUUUCAAAUUUCAAAUUUGUUUGCUCCUUGGUAUUGUGGUAUGACAUUUUAUUCCAAAUUAAUAUUGUCAGCAAAAUGCUCCAAUCACAGGCUUUAGACUUGUCGCUUGCUCUAGAGCAUUUAAACGCUACCAAAUCUUUCCUAUGCGAUUAUCGCUGUGAUGAAGAAUUUGCCGCAAUGGUUGAAAAUGCAAAAAAAUUGGCAGUUGAACUAGAAAUUUUUGAAGGACUUGAUGUGGAUGAUCCCGUACGCGUACGCAGAAAGAGUAGACAAUUCCUAUACGAAGGUCGUGAUGAACCGAUAGUAUCACCAGAACAAAACUUCAGAGUAUCUUUUUUCAAUCGAAUAUUGGACAUCGCAAUUCAAGCAAUAAAUGAAAGAUUUACGCAAUUAUCGGAAUAUAACGAGUUAUUUGGGUUUCUUUACAAUAUCGGCAGCAAACCCUUAACGGAUGAUGAGUUGUUGAAACACUGUAAGGACUUGCAUUUAGCGCUUAUGUCUGAUGGCCAAUCUGAUAUCAACGGGGUCGAACUUUGGUAUGAAAUUAAAGCUAUUGGGAGACGACUUGAUACUUCCAAUAGCGAUCCACAAAGUGUAUUAAAAUGUAUUUACACAUCUAAUGUUGUCGAAGUAUUCCCAAACCUUUCGAUAGCUCUUCGCAUACUACUAACGUUACCAGUCACAGUUGCUAGUGCUGAAAGAAGCUUUUCAAAGCUGAAAAUAAUAAAAUCCUAUUUGAGAUCACAAAUGUGUCAAGAUCGUUUAGUUGGUCUAGCUACGAUUUCCAUCGAGAAAGAAAUUGCUGAUCAUUUGGACAUAGAAGAUUUGGUUAAAGAUUUCGCAGAAUUAAAAGCUAGGAAAAUUCACUUUUAA